AUGGCGACCAGCCAGCUAUUGGGUUACCUAAACCACGCUCACAAACAGCUGCUGCGUCAGAUAGCUACUCUCCGCAACAGCAUCAUCGCUUGGAGAAGGCAAAUGAUGUACUUGAAAAAGCAGGAAGGAGGAGGCACCGACGACGACGGCGCACCACCACCUUCACCUUUGGCCAGACACGAACUGAGCGAAUCCGAUUGUCCUAACGCAGUUGGUUCGGCAUACCAGAUUGAUCAAACCAAGCUGCCAUCGAGAACACCAGCUCAACUAAUGUCCAUCCGUACUGUUAUGGUCAGGGAGAAGUCCGAGUUGAAUGUAUCGGUCAGAUUUCCGAGCAUUAACUCGCUUCAAACAUACUUCAGCGGCAGAACCGGAGAGUUGCCGGAUCUAGAUGAGAUGUUUGUCAUGGGGACAAAGCUUGCGGAGAAAGUUCUUGACAGGAAGGUCCCGUCUCAGGAAUUUGAUGAGAAAAAGCAGUCGGUGGAUUUCUGGCUGGCAACCUCCAACUCGGUUUCUGGAUUCAGCAAUUUUAUUUUAAAGAACUCCGGCGUAUGUUUAUCUGAGCUGAAAUGUGAGGGGAUGGUUCGCUGGGGUGCACGCCGCCAGGUCAAGUUUAUCGGCCGGCAUAGAGAGAACAAUACUCAAUCAUCCUCAAGCAUUGUUAGAGGAGGAGACAAAACAAGAGGUGGAGGAAAUGAAGAAGAGGGUGAGGAGGAAGGAGCUGAAAUAGAAGAAGAAGACGACGACGACGAGGAAGAAGCUGUGACGGAAGAAACCAAUCAGAAUAAACAGACCGGUAAUAAACAGACUAGAAAGAGAAAAUGUUAUAGCUCCAAAAUUGAUUCGGCAGCCAAGAAAGCCAAACGUGAGAGGCAAACGCAGACCAAUAAGACCAAGGCCAAGAACAAGUCCAACCAAUCAGUAGUACUGAAAAACCCCCAGGACCGGUGGUCUGCAGAGAGGUACAAGCUGGCGGAGAAAAAUCUUUUGGAAGUGAUGAAGGCCAAGGGUGCCGUAUUUGGGAACCCAAUUCUCCGGCCGGAACUAAGAGCAGAGGCUCGCAAGCGAAUUGGGGACACGGGUCUGCUGGACCAUCUACUAAAGCACAUGGCCGGGAAGGUGGCGCCUGGUGGGGCCGAGCGGUUCCGGCGGCGACACAAUGCAGAAGGAGCAAUGGAGUAUUGGUUGGAGGGUGCGGACCUUGUUGACAUAAGGAGGGAGGCUGGGGUGCAAGAUCCUUAUUGGACUCCUCCACCAGGUUGGAAGCCAGGAGACUGCCCGACUCAGGACCCUAUCUGUGCUAAAGAGCUAAAGCAAUUGAAAGAGGUGAUCGCUAAAUUAGAGAGAAACAUGGAACAGAUGGUGCCGAAGAAACUGAUGGAGGAAGAACUGGCCAUACUGAGAAGAGAAAUGGAGGAGUUGUUAUCAGAGAAACAUACUAUUAUGGGUUCAUAUUCUUCUGGGAGCAGUCAGAAGUUGGAUCCUGAUACUUCCUUGGCUCCCUUGAUGAGGUCUGACAUUGAUGGUUCAUUGAUCACUCUGGAAAAGUACAAGGGACAAAUUGUGUCUAUCUCGGAGAACCUGACCGGGUUUGAGGAAGAGAUAGGGAAGCUGAAGUCCAAGGUGACAGAAGAAACGAGUUGCGGCUCAGCAUUGUUAUUGGCGUCGACGAAAGGCUGUGCUGAUGAAAAAGAGAAAAAGAAAGCUCAAGAAAAAGGAGAAGCCCUGGGAGCACAGCAACAGGAGGAGGCAAGGGAUGAUCUGAGGAAGAGAAAUCCAACAGAAAAGAUGGCCGCCGCCGCCGGAGCAAGAGCGGAGGGAAAAGCGGCAAAAAUACAAAGGCUGAAGAGUGGGUUCAGGAUCUGCAAGCCCCAGGGGACGUUCCUCUGGCCAAACAUGGUCACCACCACCACUACCGGCAACAUUUCUUCUCCUCUCUUUGCCGUCCCAACCCCGCCUUCCGUCUCUUCCUCCACCGCCAACCACCACCACCACCUCCCUGCCUCCCCCGUCAAGCCCUUGGCUGAGAAGCUACCCUUUGCUGCUACCGCUGCUGCCACUGGGGACGAGAAUUUAUCUACUUCCCCUGCUGGCAGCAAGACCCCUACUUGUCUCAUCAACCUCAAUGACCUCCCGGGUACGAACCAUGGAGACAUAUUUUGCAGAACUGUCAUGCCAACAUUGGUAUCCUCAAGUAAUAGAAUGAGCUACAAUGAGCUGCUGCAGCAACAAGGGGGAUACAAUUGGUGCUCAUCCGCGUCCAGCGGUUCAUACUUGCAGAAGGGAUCAGUGGGAAGCAGCAGCAGCUGGCUGGCUCUGGCUACUCCCAGUAGCACUCCUACGCCUACUACACUCGAUGAUGAUGAUGGCUCUGCCCGUGGAAAAUCUGGAUUUCAACUCAACUGCAAGGGUAUGCUUUCUUAAUUAGCUACCUGCGUACCUAUAUCUAGCUGGAGAUAACCGGUAUUAAGUACUACAACAAUAACAUAUAACAUCUGUCUAAUUCCUUUUCAUCUUUCUUUUAUGUUUG